CUCAGCUGGAGUCAGGGAGCGGGGGUAGGAGCAAAUUCCGCAACGCAGAAUGUGAGACGAGCCAGCCCGGGAGACGCGGGCCGCCUCGGGAAGGGCGCAGACUAGGCCCAGCAUCUCGAAAGGGCUUUGAUUUGAUCCUCCGCGCGGAACAAGUUCACCCCCCUCUCCGCCCCGUACCCAGUUGUCCCCGGCCCUCGCGGGUGCCCGCAGAAUCCGUCCUCCUUGUCCACCCCCGGGAGGCCAGAGCCCUCGUUCCGCACUCCCGGGACGCCCGAGGCGGGCCACAUCUUUGCAUCUGCGCCGUCGGAGAUCCAGCAACCCCCACCCCGAGUCAGUCCACCCUCAGCUCGGCCCUUCCAGGUGAUGGUGUGUGGCCACUGCGGCCCCUGGCGCGCAGGUGUGGGCUUCCCAAACUGGGCCGGGGAGGGGGCUUUGGGCAACGUGCUGGCAGCCUCGGCAGACGCCGGAACCAAAUCCUGCACCCUCCGGAAGAAUCCAAACUCCGUGCCCUUUGCUACUAGGAGCUUAUGGAAACCGUUCCCCGACCGGGUUUGCUCUGAGAGGGAUACAGGGCUAUCUGCAGACCUGGAUGAAGAAGCCCUGGGCUUUAAGCUGAGCAGGCAAAAAUGGGCCCCUGCUAGGGGCUCUGCGGCUCGCGUGGGGGACCCAGGGGCGCGGUGCCCCGAGAUGACUCUGGCCGUGCCCGGCGGCCCCCAGCCCCGGCCAGGCCGCUUUCCACCCUGGACAUCAUGAGUUACUUUCUAUCUUACUGUAAAUCUCAUGGCGGUGCACUGCUCACCGGCUACCAGGCCCUGCGCGCGGAGGGCUUCCUGUGCGAUGUGACGCUGGAGGCCGAGGGCAGCGAGUUCCCGGCCCAUAGGUCGCUUCUCGCGUGUUCCAGCGACUACUUCAGGGCCCUGUUCAAGAGCCACACCCGGGAAUCCAGGGCGCGCGUGAUCCACCUGCACGUGCCGUCGGCGGCCGGCCUGCAGCGCCUGCUGGACUUCAUCUACACCGCCUGGUUGCCGCUCUCCAUGGACACGGUGGAGGACACGCUCGAGGCCGCCAGCUAUCUGCAAGUCACGGAAGCACUGGGGCUGUGCGGUCGCUACCUGGAGCGCCAGCUGGCUCCAGAGAACUCUUGCUUCGCCGCCAACGUGGCGGCGCGCUUCGGCCUGGCGCACACGUUAGGCGAGGCCGAGCGCUGCAUCGUGCGCCACCUGCGGGAGCUGCUGGUGCGGGGCGCGGGCCCCGCGGGGCUGCUGGAGCUGAACCCCACGUCGCUGAGGGCUGUGUUGGGUGCCCCCGACGUGGCGCGGGUGCCUGAGACCUGGCUGCUGGGUCUGGCGUUGGCCUGGCUGCGGCAGGAGCCUGAGGCCGAACGCCUGGCCCACUGCACCUCGCUGCUUGAGCGCGUUCGCUUCGGCCUAGUACCUGCAGACGUGCUGCGGCGCGUGUACUCGGGCUCUGGCCUCGUGCUGCCCGCCCGGGUUAAGGGCCUCAUUAUCCAGGCCCUCAACUACCACACUGCGCCCUCCCGCCAGCCUCUCGUGCAGGGCGAGCAGACCAGCGUCCGGAGCCCCCAAACUCGCAUCUUGUUGGUCGGAGGGCGCAGGGCGCGGGAGGCGGUGACCGAGGAGGUCGCGGCCCCACCGCCAGUAGCCAGGGGCAGGGGCGCCAUGGCGGAGCCCGAGGAGGAGGAGGGGGAGGAGGAGGAAGGUGAGUUGGAAGAGGAGGAGGAGGAUUGGGAGCUCACCCAAGACGUGGUGGCUUUCGACGUGUACAACCACUGCUGGCGCAGUCUCACGCGGCUGCCUGCACCACUACUGGGGCACAGCGUGUGCACCGCAGGCAAUUUCCUGUUCGUCCUGGGCGGGGAGAGCCCUUCGGACGGCGCUUCCUCACCCCUGGCAGGCGGACAGCGGGCCGUCACGGCCCAAGUGCACCGUUAUGACCCGCGCUUCCACGCUUGGACGGCGGUGCCCGCUAUGCGAGAAGCGCGGGCCCACUUCUGGUGCGGCGCGGUGGGCGAGGCGCUCCUGGCCGUCGGGGGUCUGGGCGCCGACGGCGAGGCGCUGGCGUCGGUAGAGAUGUACGACCUGCGCCGGGACCGCUGGACGGCUGCCGGGGCGCUGCCGCGGGCGCUGUAUGGCCACGCGGGGGCCAUCGGGGACCGCGGCAUCGUGUACAUCUCUGGGGGUAAGGCGGGGAGAGGCGAGGGCAGCUCGAGCAGCCUCCGGGACAUGUACACCUUGGGCCCUGGGGAGCGAGCGUGGAGCAAGAGGGCGCCCAUGAGCACUGCCCGCUUCGGGCACCACAUGGCUGUGCUGCGAGGCGCGGUGUUCGCCUUUCUGGGGCGCUAUGAGCCCUUCUCGGAGAUCGAACGCUACGAGCCCGGCACGGACCAGUGGACUCGACUGCGGCCGCUACCUUAUGAUCGCUUCUGCUAUGGGCUGGCCGUUGUGGAGGAGACGGCGCUGCUGCUGGGCGGCCUCAAGUGGCGGGAUUCGCGGCAGGUGUCUACCCGGAACGUGGUGGGCUACGACCUCGACCUGGACCGCUGGGAGGACAUUGGCUGCGCGCUACCCUGGGCCUGGAACGGCCUCCAGUGUGCAGUGCUGCAGCUGGCUGAGGGUGGGGAUGAGGAGAGGGAGGGAGGGUUCGGAGAAACGCCAGAUUUAAUGCUGGGCUUAAUGGGUUAGUGCAGUCUCCGGGCGACAGGGGAGAAAAAGUCGCGCUUGAGCAGGUUUACAGAGUAAUACGUGGGCUUUUCCUAAGAAUGGGACUCUGGGAGCAGGGCGGCUUCUGAAGUUUAAAUAUGCAAACAAGGGCUUGGCCCAACAGGAACAUUUCCCCUUAAGCUGAGAAUGGGAGACAGGAUGAGUCAAAACAGAAGGAUAUAUGUAUCUGCUUCAGUGAGCUGGAAGUCUAGGAAGACUCACGCUGGACUAGAGAUGGACUUUUGCAAAGAAGAUAUGACCCUGUUUUCCCUCUUAAAGUGUUUCCUUAGGUGCUAGACUGAUUACUUGUGCCAAACAAGGCCAAAAAUGUACAAGAAAUUAUAUACAAAACCCAGAAAAUUGUUAGCCAUAAAAGCUGUAAUAAAUAGUCCGAAAAUAUGGCAUUAUCUGAAUAAAUAGUGAAGGGAAAGUGCCUUCAUUAAAUAGCAUGAAAUCACUGUAAGGAGAGCUAUGAUUUUAUGAUCCAGAACCAUGUUUAUAGUUCUGUUGGUUUAAUAUAAAUGUAGAACUGAGAGAGAAAAAAAAAAUCUCUAGGAAAGCACUUGUUUUUGGAAAAAGUAUACUAGGUUAAGUUUUUGUGUCCCUCAUCCUUAAUCCCUAGCCUGCUUUUGCCUUGGCUUUAGGCCAUUCAUUGGUUUUAUUUCAGCAGUCCUUAGCCAUAAUAAUCAGGCUCUUUUGGUUAAGCAGCACAUCUAGCAAAACCCAAACCUGUUUCUUUCAUCUUUAAAUAUUCAUUCUGCAGACAUGCCAUAGGUUAUAUUUGUAAAAAAAAAAAAAAAAACAAACAACCCCC